AUGCGCCUCAUCAACACUGAAACCCUCACCCUCUCCGAGUUCCUCGAAUCCGACAUCCCCAAAUACGCCAUCCUCUCACACACCUGGGAAGACCAAGAAGUCACCUUUCAAGACUUCCCCCACGACGCCAUCCGCUCCCGCAAAAAGGGCUUCGCAAAGCUCCAGAAGCUCUGCGAGCUCGCCAGACAAGACGGCCUCCAGUAUGCCUGGGCCGACACCUGCUGCAUCGACAAGACCAGCAGCUCCGAGCUGACAGAGGCCAUCAACUCCAUGUUCCGCUUCUACCUCCACGCAGACGUCUGCUAUGCCUGGCUCAUGGACCUCCCGCCGGACAACCGCGACAUCCAUUACCAGCUGCCAAAGUGUCGGUGGUUCACCCGCGGCUGGACGCUGCAGGAGCUCAUCGCCCCGCGAGUCCUCAAGUUCUACGACCAGACGUGGACCUUUCGCGGCACCAAGAGCAGCCUCAGACAACUCAUCACGCAAAUCACAAGCAUCAGCAGCGCCGUCCUCAAGGAUCCCGCGAGACUCAGCCAGCUCCCCGUCGCGCAGAAAAUGGCGUGGGCGGCUGGACGACAGACGACGCGCAUCGAGGACAUGGCGUACAGCCUGCUGGGCAUCUUCGAUGUCAACAUGCCCAUGAUUUAUGGCGAAGGCUCGCGGGCAUUUCUACGACUACAGGAAGAAAUCGCGAAGGAGAAGAACGACCCGAGCCUAUUUGCGUGGAGAACGGCAUUAUCAUCAUCAUCGUUGUCGUCAGGGGGCCAGAAGCAGACACAUCACGGCAUGUUCGCCUCCACGCCCGCGGAAUUUGGCAACUCAGGAUCCAUUCACCUCAUCAAUGAUCCCAUGUUUAGCACCGAGUAUCUCAUCUCCAACAAAGGGCUUCGCAUAGAC